CAACUCCUCCGUAGCUUCCCUUUCACUAUAAAAUUAGGGUGGAGGCUUUGUUUGUCAGCAAUCGUUGGGGGGAAAGAGGUUUUCCAAACCUGCUCUACUAAUAGAAAGAUGAGUUUUCGUAAAUAAAUUUUAAUAAACUUAUUGGAUAAUAAUCUUCUAAUAAACAUGCUAAAAGCUCCCGGGAAGUCUAACGGGAAAACAGGCACCAAGAUCCUCCUGGAUGCGAUCUCCAAGGAUAAAGUCCACCUGGCCCGGUUUGUUCUGGAUGCGCUGGAUGGGGAAAUCGUGGACUCCAAAACGGAGGGCGCACAGACUCCCCUCAUCUCCUCUGUCUUGCUGCCCGAUGCCCAGGCUCGGUGUAAGUUUGCAGAGCUCCUGCUGCACAGAGGCGCCAGCGUCAACUGUCGGGACGGAAACGGGCGCACAGCGCUCAGUCACGCCUGUGAGCAGGGACACCUGGACGCGGUGAAGAUCCUGGUCCGAAACAACGCGGACCCGGAGAUUGUAGACUCGUGGGGAAACACAGCGCUCAUGUACGCCGCGGUGGCAGGUCACGCGCACGUUGUCGAGUUUUUGGUGAGAGCUUUCAAGAGGCUGGGUCUUCAGAUAGACCGACAAAACAAAGUUGGAAACUCUGCUAUUGGAGUGGCAAAGUUUCUUGGUCACACUGAAUGCAUCUGCGCUCUCACCAACAAUUCCAAAAAGGGCCGCGAGGACGGAGGCGCUCGUGGAAGUGCGCAGCUGCGACCCGGCGAGCUGGAGAAGAAGGUUGGACAUUUAGCAGACAGACUGGAGGUCCUCCGAGCGUGUAAUCAUGCUCAUUGCCUAUUGGCUCCAAACUGCACCCGGCAGCCAAUCCCGCGGAUAAAGCGGAGCGGGUUGCCAUCCAUGAACUCGAUAGAGGAGUUUGAAACGGAGAACGAAGGCGCCUCCUCGCCUCCACCUGAUCUGGUCCUCUCUGAAGUCUCGACCCUUGCACCCCGUCCUUGUAUUUCUCCCAACCUUAAGCAUCCGAAAACCGAGGGAAGGCCGACCACCUCAGAUGACCCCCUCCCCCCUCUAACGAUGGGCUGUGAGGCUCAAAGAUCCACACUGUUCUCGCCUCGGCCCAGCAGAAACAGCCACAGACCCAGCGCGCCCUCUGCUCUGGGCAUUUUAAUGACCCCCAUUCUUGCCAACAAAAGUGAGAAUGAGUUGGCAACAGAACGAACCAAAAUGUUAGACUUCGGUCUACACAGAUUUCCCGACAGCUAUUAUAAGAAAAGGUGCAGCCUGCCAACCAGCAUGCUCAGCCCCGCACCUCCUGAGCGCACUCUGGUCCCUUUGCGUAAAUCUAGAACCGUGAGGAGGCGCGAAAGGUCUCCCGGCAAGGCUGAACCUCCCCAGGCACCGACUGCCUCAUCUGCAGCCGCGACUUUCUCUGUAUUGAGCAACAAAAUGUUGCGCCGCUUUACUUUCCCGGAGUUUGAAAAGGAUGCGAAAGAGCUGGAACAGGAUCCGACGGCAUUUUCAAUGCGGAUUCCGCGAUCAGAAACUUUUCCACAGGCUGUUAAAAAACAUCCCCAGGUCGACAGCAAAGCCAGCAUCGACAGCAUCAGCUCCGUCAAGUGCGAGUUUGACUUUCAUGUGAGAAAAACAAACGCUUAAAAAGCGUGUUUGCCCGCGUUACUUUAAGAACGGAUUCCCACAAAGAUCGUUUAGACAUGACUUUCAAAACUCCGGUAAUUUCCGUGAGAGUUACCAGAACGCAUUCAUCUUUGAUCUACUCCGUUUGGAGUGGAAACAAUAAAUCCAUGCGACUAAAGUUUUACAUUUACACCCAUAUUUAAAGUACAA